AGCAAAUUGCUGCUAGCAAUUAACAAAAGUUGCAGAGCUUUCCAAUAUUAAACACUGUUAUCAGCAUUUUGGCACGAUAAUGAUUGAUAAAGGAGGAAUUUCCUUAAAAUAUGUCAAUGCUAUUGUCGUGUUCCUAGUCCUACUACAUAUGUAUUUUGGUGCUGGCGAUUACACCGAUAUAGGGUGUAGCGAGAGGGAGAGACGAGCACUGGUUGAUUUCAAAAACAGCCUUGAUUUUGAGUCUAAAUGGCUUUCUUCGUGGGGAGACGAAGAUGAAAAGAAAGAAUGUUGCAAAUGGCAAGGAGUCAAAUGUAGCAACUCCGCUGGCCGUGUUGUUAAGCUCGAUCUGAAAGCUCACAGUCUGCAUGGUAAGAUCUAUCCUUCUCUCAUGGAAUUACAGUAUUUGGAAUAUCUAGACCUCAGUUCUAACUCUCUUCAUGAAGAUCAAAACCUCAAAUGGCUCUCUCAUCUGUCUGAUUUACAAUACUUGGAUCUCAGUUCAGUAUAUCUUUCCACAGCCAAUGAUUGGCUAACAGUUGUCAGUGGGCUUCGUAAGUUAUCCACCUUAAAGUUAUCUACUUGUCAUCUUCCGCCUCCCACUCUCAACACUUCCCUUUACCUCAUCAAUGCUUCUCCACUUGUUACCCUGGAUCUGGGUCAAAACUAUUUAUAUGUUCCCACUUCUUCCAUACUGUUUCAGUGGUUGUUUAAAUUUAACACCACCCUUGUUUCUCUUGACCUCUCUUCAAACCAUUUCUAUGGUCUGAUUCCCAGUGCUUUUGGAAAAAUGAUGGUCCUUAGAGAGCUUGAUCUAAGUGAUAAUCAACUUCAAGGCAUGAUUCCGAAAUCUUUUGGGAAUUUAUUUAGUUUGAAGGCAUUGAAUCUAUCAAGAAAUUACCAGCUUAAUGGAUCACUUGUUUUUUUGCAUAACUUCUCCAGUUGUGCAAAUAACUCAAUGUUGGAGAGUCUAGUACUACAUUCCAACAGUUUUUCUGGCUCACUUCCCGACUUUUCUGUAUUUCCAUUGUUGAAGGAAAUAGAUCUUCACAACAAUAAAUUAAACGGAAGUCUGACCACAAGCAUCAGAAACCUGUUUGAGCUGGAAACUUUCGAUGUAUCUUAUAAUUAUUUGGAAGAUGUGAUAUCUGAACUCCAUCUAUCAAAUCUCUCUAAAUUGAGGAGUUUAGACUUGUCCUCUAACUCAAAUAUUUCACUGAACCUUGGCUCAAACUGGGUUCCUCCGUUUAAUUUGGAAUUCUUAAAUCUGAGAUCAUGCAAGUUGGGGCCAAAGUUUCCGAAUUGGUUGGCAACUCAAAACAACCUUUCACUUCUUGAUAUCUCUUGUAACGAAAUUUCCGACACCAUUCCUAAGUGGUUUGAAGAUUCGACUCCUAACAUGCAUUAUCUAAAUCUCUCGUGGAAUCAAAUCCAUGGAAGGCUGCCAAAUUUAUCAAAAAAGUUUCCAAGUCUUGCCGUACUAGAUAUGAGUUUCAACUUCUUUGAAGGUCGAUUGCCAUCCUUCCCAGCUAACUUGACUAUAUUAAAUCUAUCUAAAAAUAUCAUUUCUGGCUCAAUUUUGUCUUCUUGUAAGACCAUCACUUCACCUUCACUUUUGAUGUACCUUGAUCUCUCAAAUAACCAAUUAUCUGGAGUGCUUCCUGACUACUGUGUUUCAAAGUGGACUAGCCUACAAAUCCUGAAUCUGGCGGACAAUAAUUUCUCCGGAGAGAUACCCAGUUCUGUAGGUUCUCUUCGUCAGAUCCAAACUCUGAAGCUACGAGGCAAUAGUUUCUUUGGAGAACUACCUUUGUCCUUGAGAUAUUGUGAGAAGUUGAUAUUUAUGGAUCUUGGUAACAACAAGUUUUUAGGAAAAGUACCAGCAUGGAUCGGAGAAAGUCUAUUAGCCUUAAGGGUACUAAUCAUGCGAUCAAAUAAGUUCAAUGGAAGUAUUCCAUCGAGCUUAUGUGGACUGACACGUCUAUGUAUCUUGGAUCUAUCGCAGAACAGUAUUUUUGGAAACAUACCGCACUGUCUCAGCAAACUCACUUCUAUGUACUUGGGAAGUUCCAAUGGCACAAAAGAUGUUGAUGGAUUUUCCUAUAUUUUCAUUAAUCGAGUUCCAAACAAUUGGGUCUAUGGUAGCUGCACAUACUUGAACACUCAUGCGAACAGCGCAGCAGUUGUAAUUAAAGGUGGGGUAUUGGUGAUUCAUUCUAGUACUCUUCCAUUCCUAAGGCUUAUAGACCUUUCAGGUAACAAGUUGACUGGAAAAAUUCCUGGGGAAUUAUCCAGUCUUUCGGGAUUGACUUCACUAAACUUAUCAAGAAACGAUUUGUCUGGAGAAAUCCCCCAAAACAUGGAUGAGAUUGAAGAGUUAAAUUCACUUGAUUUAUCUCAAAAUAGACUUUCAGGUAGAAUUCCAAUGAGCAUGUGUAAUUUUUCUUUUUUGGACUAUCUGGACCUCUCAUAUAACAACUUGCACGGUAGAAUUCCUUUUAGCCGUUCUCUUUCUACCUUUUCCGCCUCUGCGUUCAUUGGAAAUCAGGCACUCUGUGGUCCUCCACUUACAGAGAACUGCCCGAUUGAAGCCACAUCUAAUCGAACUCGACAUGGAGAUGAAUUCAAGAGAUGGUUUAAAGUGGGUAUGGGGAUGGGGUUCUUCAUUGGAUUUUGGGGAAUAUUUGGUAGUUUGUGUCUCAACCGUACUUGGAGACAUGCAUACUUCUUGUUCUUGUACAAAGUAAAAGAUUGGGUCUUGUUAAGGUUGGCACUCUAUAUUGCAAGAUUACAGACGAGGUUCAAGAGAAACAACAACCAUUGAUUAACAUGUUGUCAGCGUUACCUGCUGGCCCUGGACUGCUAUUUUCUUCGGUGAACAGAAAUCCGAUUCUUUUCAAGUAUCAAGAGACUAAUAGUAGAACCGGAAGCAAGUCCUUCUGAUGGAAAUCACACUAGCUUGUGGCUAUGGACUACGGAAGUCAUUUUUGUUCUUAACGUCUGCUAUAUUCAAUAUCCCCGUUUCCUCAUAAAUUUCUUACUUUAUUUGCUGGUCUUUCUAGUCAGUUUUUGCACAACCAGAUUGCAAAUCCUAUUUACUUUUAUGUAUGUUUUUCGACUAUUUGUUUUUCAUAUAUACUUGGGGAUUUUUUGUUUUUUGUUUUUUUGGGGACACCCUUGCUGUGUGUGGUUUCUUAAAAUAUAUUGUCAAAUUAGUUUGUAUCUAAAAAUCAAGUA